UUCGAGGGUCUCCUUUUAAUUUCUUAGAAGUAUUUUAAGGGAAAAUAAAAUAAAAAGAAUAUAGGGUGUGAGCUACACGUGUGCGUAGUUGGAACUCAUUUCUAGGGUGUAGGGAUUUCUACUUCUUCCCCGAUUUCAUUUCUAUUCAGAGUUUCUUCUUCUUCUUCUUCUUCAAUUGAGAGCUAAAAUUCGAGUUCUUGAAUCUUCUAUCCUAUAACCGUGAGCUUAAAUUGUUCAAUAUUUUCAGUCAGUUAUGUCGAUUUUGAGAAACGGGAAACGCUUAACAGUGGAUGAAGAGCACAACAGUAAGAACAACAACAAGAAGAAAAGAGCAAUAGUUAAAAAGAUCGAUGAUGCUGGUUCACCAUAUCUCCCUGAGGAAUUAAUGGAAAACAUUGUGAUCAGAUUACAAGCAAAGGGUCUAUCCAGAUUCAGCUGCGUCAGUAAGAAAUGGUACAAUUUUAUUCUUAAAGAUUCUAAAUUUGCUGUUUCUCAUUUUAUUCAAAACUCUAAAAAAUUAAACCUAAUCUUUAAUCUCCUCAACGUACCGGUAUUAAGAGAUACGAAUGGCUCCAAGGAGGCUUAUUUAUUCAGUUUAGAAGAAGAAGAAGAAAAGGAUAAUGAUCUUCUUAAGUAUAAAUUAUUACCGGGCACAGGCUACCAUGAGGUAUAUGAACUAGUUGGUUAUUGUAAUGGUUUAGCUUGUGUUAAGUUAGUGACUCAACCUACGGAUUGUUACGGUGCAAUACAUGUCAUUAACCCCACCAGAAACGAAGCACUUGCCCUCGCCUAUAUAACUCCUACCACUCAGGGGGGAGAUAACUGCACCUAUCUCUGUCAUGGUUUUGGUUUUGAUUCAACAUCGCAGGAGUAUAAGGCGGUACUAAUUUUUACUAAUUCAACGACUGCUGGUGAUCAAGAGUUUGUUUGCAUGGUUGUUGCACUGGGAGGAACUAAUUCCUGGAGAAAGAUAAUUAUUAGUGCUGAUCAGAUGUCACCAUCUUCUCCUGAUCGAACAACAACUUCCAAGGCUAAUCGUAGGUCAGCCACCCUUUGCGGAGGUGGCCAUCUUUUUUGGAGAGUAACUAAUAGCACUGCAUAUAAUGAUGAUGUUAGUACGAUCGAUAUGUUGCUCUCGUUUGACAUCCACACCGAGAAGAUUCAGUUCAUUCCACUCCCUACCGAAUGUCGUCUGACCCCAAUGACGACGACAACAAGGGAUGAGCACCAAUGUUUAGAAGUCGAUCAUCAUCUUCUGGAGUUUAAAGGAUACCUUUGUGUUGCACGUUCAGAGAAGAUCAUGAUAAGCAGCAAUGGUCAUCAUCAUCAUCAUCUGGGUUAUUCUUGUAAUGGUCUGAGGAGUACUCUUUGUUGUUGUAGUUUUAAGGUUCAACUGUAUAUUCUAAAAGACAAGGUCAAGCAAGUAUGGACCAAGGGGGAGACUUACGAUCUACAGAUUAAGGAGGAAGGCCUACAGCUACCAGCUCCCUUCUGUUGUUACCGUGACUCAACUACCACUUCCCCACCUACACGUAUAUCGAGUUUCUCUGAUCAACUGUUAUUAUAUUGGUUUGAUGGGAAAUGUCUUAUGUUCUACAAUUUACAAAGAAAGCAGUUCAAGGUGCUAGAUCGCCCCAGCUCCCGUGCUAUUUUUGAAACUAAGAAGAAAAAUGGAGCCACCUCAGGCUGUAGUAAUAUUGGUAAUGAUGAUAAUUUUCAUUUCCCCUACAUGGAUUAUCAGCUACACGCUCAACCGGAGAACAUGCUUUCUCUGAAAACCUUCAUCGCUGGAGGAGAAACUAGAGAAUUCUAUAGUAUCAGUGAUUUUCAACAGUCUCUGGUAAAUGAUGAAAAAGAACCUGCAGGUUGGGUGAAUACAAGAAGAGAAUUAGUUGAUUAUCAUGUUUUUUAUUAGUUUAGUCCUACUAUUCAACUUCCUUAAUAUGGGAUGUUACGGGUACAUUGAUAUUUUCAUCUAAUAGUCCUCUCAUAUACGAAACCGGACCAGUGGGAUACUUAUCUGGAGUAUGCAUGGAUGUCCUCCAAAUACAUCCAAACUUGGGCACGAAUGAUUUGAAUUCUUGCUCUAGGUUUUCAGAUGCAUGGGUCAAUAUGUUGGGAAGGAUGUGUGCAUUGUAUGACAUAUGAAAGCUCUUCCCUGAGUAUCUAGUUUGCUAUUGAAGCGUUCAGAUGUGUGCGUGUUCCACCUUGCCUUGAAUAGGUUGGUUCAGUUAACCCACAUCUGUUUGUAUCUAGAAGAAUCUGGUUACCCGGUGACGCUGGUCUUGAAGUUCCUGGAACAGUCCCAUAGUGUGGAUGUGGCCACCUUGGCGUGAAAAGUAGUACCUGUUUCACCUUUCAUCACUUCAAAGCUGCAUGUGUUUGAGCUUGGUGCGCGGCAUCCCUGCCAGGUUGUUCCAAUACAUCCAAGGUGCUAAUUCAAACAACUCUAGGAUCUUCAGGAGUUCCAGCAGCAAACUUUGAUGAAGAUGGAAAUGAAUACGAGCUGAAUGAUGGAGAAUCAGGAUGUGCACUUGAGGAUGGCUACAAAAUGAGUACAAGCUAUGGGAGAGGAUGGGAGACCUGUAUCCACUACACCCAACAGCAACUCCCCCAGAACUAAAAUUUGAAUUCCAGGCCGCUGAUUAUACCCCACCAAUUUCUCUACAAUCCAGAAUUCAGAAGGAAUCUGUUUGUGACGAGGAAUCAUGGGAAGAAGUAGAUGGAAGAAAUCAGAAGAGGCAAGCUACUAGCAAUAUGUGAUUUUAUUUAUUUAUUUGGUUAACGAGAAAAAUUGUAAGUUACAUGGUAAAAUAUUGAUCAAGAAUGUAAAUGUUUGAUGUUUAAUUUUUAAGGCCUAGAUGUUGGAUUAUGGCGGUAACUUUUGAGCUCAGAUGUACUGUAGAUUUUAGAUGGUAAAAUAAUUUUGGGUCAUUGUAAAAUGUUGGAUUAUCCUGGGGAAUUUAGAUCU